AAAAUUCUCUAUAAAAGGACAGCUUGCCUUCACUUCACCCAAUAUUUGGGAACAAUGAGAGUCGCCCUAACUCUUUUAGUUCUGUGUGUGUGUGCCUUUGCUAGUCCAUUAUUGGAUGAAAAUGUUGAACAAAAAAGUAAGGUAAAAGGUCUCCUUAGGAACCGAAGAGAUGCAGAAAAACCACCAAAAACUGACAAAAAAAUGCUGGCUGUGGACAAAAAAUCUGAUAAAACUGGUGGAAAAAAUGCUGCUAAAUCUACGGGAAGCAAAAUUGAUCCAAAGACUGGUGCUGUAGGUAAACGGAAGUUAAACGUUAAGAACAAACAGGACAUGAAUAUCCUUGUUAACGUAAUCGUCCCAGCUCGUCAGACGGUAGCUAUAAAUGGGCAAGGUCCAGCGAAAAUGAACGCUACACAAGACAUCAAAGCCAUAGCUGACGUAACAACCAACGGAGAUGGAUCGAAUCAGAAUCGACCAGGAGGAAGGCCAUGUCCGGAUAAACCGUGUGGAGGAUCAAAACCGAAUCAACCCUGGAAUCCAAAUCAGCCAACUAACCCCAGUCAUCCAGGUGGAGGAUCACAUCCAAGUCACCCAGGAGGGGGUUCAAAUCCGGAUCACCCAAGUGAUUCCAAUCAUCCAGGAGGAGGAUCAAAUCCGAAUCAACCCUGGAAUCCGACUCACCCAAGUGAUCCGAAUCAUCCAGGAGGUGGAUCGCAUCCGAAUCAGCCCUGGAAUCCGAAUCAACCAAGUGAUCCGAAUCACCCAAGUGAUCCGAAUCAUCCGGGAGGUGGAUCGAAUCCGAAUCAGCCCUGGAAUCCGAAUCAACCAAGUGAUCCAAAUCACCCAAGUGAUCCGAAUCAUCCGGGAGGUGGAUCGAAUCCGAAUCAGCCCUGGAAUCCGAAGCAACCAAGUGAUCCGAAUCACCCAAGUGAUCCGAAUCAUCCGGGGGGUGGAUCGAAUCCGAAUCAGCCCUGGAAUCCGAAUCAACCAAGUGAUCCAAAUCAUCCAGGAGGUGGAUCAAAUCCGAAUCAACCCUGGAAUCCAAAUCAGCCAACUAAUCCCGCUAAACCAGGAGGAUCAAAUCCGAAUCAACCGUGGAAUCCGAAUCAGCCAACUAAUCCCGCUAAACCAGGAGGAUCAAAUCCGAAUCAACCCUGGAAUCCAAAUCAGCCAACUAAUCCCACUAAACCAGGAGGAUCAAAUCCGAAUCAACCGUGGAAUCCGAAUCAGCCAACUAAUCCCACUAAACCAGGAGGAUCAAAUCCGAAUCAACCGUGGAAUCCGAAUCAGCCAACUAAUCCCACUAAACCAGGAGGAUCAAAUCCGAAUCAACCGUGGAAUCCGAAUCAGCCAACUAAUCCCACUAAACCAGGAGGAUCAAAUCCGAAUCAACCGUGGAAUCCGAAUCAGCCAACUAAUCCCACUAAACCAGGAGGAUCAAAUCCGAAUCAACCCUGGAAUCCGAAUCAGCCAGGAGGAUCAAAUCCAAAUCAACCGUGGAAUCCGAAUCAACCAGGAAAUUGUAAGACACUCAUAAAUGGAAAAAUAGUCUGCACACCAGUCGGUGGAAGUGGAGAUGAUGACGAACCAAGAGAUAAGAACUGUCGAACUCUUAUAAAUGGAAAAAGAAUCUGUGACCAUGGGCCUUCCAAUAAAAAGAAAAAGAAGUGCAGGAGGAAACCACGAAAACAUUUGUCUUAUUAAAACGUGUUAAGAGCGCCAGCAUUCAAAUAAAAUGUGUAAAAAAUAAAUAAAUUUUUACCCGAA